AGGAUGUAAACAUUUUCAGCGCUUACGAUUAUCCUCCGGAGGCAUCCAGCGCCACUGCACUUGCGUCGCCACCUAAAAUCUCAACCCACACCGUCACAAGCAGCAGCAGCGCUACUUAGACGCAGGCAGCGGCACUUGGUGCAGACGCAGGCAGAGCAUCCGCAUCCGUGCACUCAACUGGCAGCAACACAACAUCCACAUCCCCAAUGGCCGAUCGCCCGCAUCGUGCGGUCAUCAUAUACGGCGACGGGCUCCUCAUCGACGGCCCGCCUCCGUCGGCUCGUUCACCCGAGCCCUCGUCGCGAAUCUCCGCGCCUGCCGAUCAGCGAACGCCUCUGGAGGUGGUCGACGCGCCCGCGCUGCACCGGGUGGCUGCUGACGGCGUGUCCGGGCUCCUGGCGCUCCGACAGCUCCCCGCACACGUGAGUGCGGCGCAGAGGGAGGCGUUGGAGCUGGCUCAGCUGCUGGACGUGUUCCACUGCGCGCACGCUCCUCCCCCCGCACGUUCCAGACACCCAGCGCAGAUCCAGCGAUCCAGCACUGCUGCUGCUGCUUCCUCCGCUGCUGCAAUCUCAUGGAGCACCAACCCCGCACCUCUGUCUGACCGGUACACCUCCCACGGACCAUACCAGGCCAUUAUUGCCACACCUCAUGCAUGACAUGCCAUGCCAUGCCAUGACCCUCGCGC